UCAGAUGUUCAACAUGGCUCCUGUACAGAGCCCUUUAAAACCAGUAUUCACUCAGUAGAAAGAACUUCGAUACAUGCCACUUUGGUCGGUACUGCUCAACUUCGAGGUCAUAUUGUGGGUAGCAUCACCAUGAGCUGUCACGACUCACAGCCUGUCACAGCCUGUCACAGCCUGUCGCAUCGACCUGAUCGUCGACCGACCUUCGAUCGUCAGGCGCUCUUGGCUCAGAUCGGCGCAAGAACGGGGGGACUCAUGGAGGAAGACGAAGACGAACCAGCAUGGCCAGGCGCUGUCACUUUGAAGCCUAAGACCUUGAACGAAGACCCCUACAACGUCUAUGCCGAGGAGCUAGCGAUGGAGGUCUGCAAGUUGGGCUUCGAGGUGGCAGCUGAAUUGCUAGAGACGGACUUGGUCUUCAGCAGCUGUGGCCACUUGGUGCAGGGAACCCCCGAUGGCGGCUUUCGAGAUGCUGAAGGGCUCUUGAGACUAGUGCAGGUGGUGCGAGUGCCUUUGCUGCCGGAGAUGGAUGAAGAUGAGGUGGCCGAGAUCCUCUAUGACACGGUCUUGACCAAAGUGGUGAAGUCUCAGGUUUGGAUGAAGGAGACUGGCACAUUGCCUCAUGACUUUACCAUCUUCUGCUGGUUGCCACCUGUGGGUGCCUACCAGGCGUGCUUGGAGGAGACGGAGGCUUUGUUGUGGACUGAUGCUUUGAUCUGGAACCUUCGUGCUGGUGGCUGGCCUUUCAGCCUGGUGAUCCAAGUCCCAGAGGAGCCAGGCCGCCUCUUCCCCCGGAACUUCGGUUUCCGGAACUUCGGCCGACCGAAGAAGGACUACGCCGACGAGGUGAAGUACUUCCUAGUGGCGGCAGACUUCGAAGAAGAUGAUGAGGAGGAUCUCAUCUUCGACUGGGAUUUGUUCGAGCUAGAGCAAGAAACCUUGAGCGAGAAUGACACUUCAAGGGUGCUAGCCACCGCUGAGGGAGCACGCUGCACUGAAGAAAGAUCGGUGGAGCGCAUGCUUCCUUACGUGCUGUUGGCGAUCGAAUUCGUCGAGAAGCAGACGACAAAUGUUGUGAAAGUGCAUGAUGCUGAUCCAAGAAAUGACCGCUUCCGUGCCGUGGCCACCGACGCUAUUGACCACGCGUACCGCUUUGGGACUGAAGACAUCGACGUGUCGACGCUGCUUUCAGCAGAUGCAGUGCCGCUUCAACUCGACGGGCGUGGUAGACGGCACGAGCCGCGGCAGCCCAAGUCACCACCGAUCGGCGCUUUGGGCAUCAAGGAGAUGUUCCAGCUACGUGGAUGGCUCGAUCCCGUCCAACUCAUCCUGGAAAGCUUCCACUGUCCAUGGCAUACGUCAACAUGUUUGGACGCCAAAGGCGAGCACAGUUUGUUAUCAAGGCGAUCAACGUCAGCUGCAUGUCCGUUUUCCUGCUCUUCCUGCACGCAAGGCAGUAGUCUUAGUAUGCCUAAGGCAGACAAUCGCUUGCGAUGCGAUGCUGGGCUUGUGAAGUAUAGAGAAGAAACCUUGAUUGAGUUGCUCACGGCCUAAAGAAUGAAGAGUGGAU